CUGAUUGGUCCGGGGCCAGCGCCGCCGGGGCUCCCGCGGAAAGCGCGCGCCCAGUCCUGCGCCUGCGGAGCUGCUUCCUGCCACUGGGCCUUAGCGGGAUGGAUCUCAGCGAGCUGGAGAAGGACAAUUCGGGCCGCUGUCGUUUGAGCUCGGCAGUACCGGCCGUGUGCCGCCGGGAGCCCUGCGUUCUGGGCAUCGAUGAAGCGGGCCGUGGCCCGGUGCUGGGCCCCAUGGUCUAUGCCAUCUGCUACUGCCCCCUCUCCCGCCUGGCAGACCUGGAGGGCCUAAAAGUGGCAGACUCAAAGACCCUGUUGGAGAGCGAGCGGGAGAGGCUCUUUGCGAAGAUGGAGGAGGACGGAGAGUUUGUGGGCUGGGCACUGGACGUGCUGUCUCCAAACCUCAUCUCUACCAGCAUGCUCGGGCGGGUGAAGUACAACCUAAACUCACUGUCCCAUGACACUGCAGAAGGGCUGGUGCGGUUCGCCCUGGACCAGGGUGUGAAUGUUACCCAGGUCUUUGUGGACACAGUGGGCCCCCCCGAGCCGUACGAGAAAAAACUGAAGCAGCGCUUCCCGGGUAUUGAAGUGACAGUGAAGGCCAAGGCCGAUGCCCUGUACCCUGUCGUCAGUGCUGCCAGCAUCUGUGCCAAGGUGGCCCGCGACCAGGCUGUGAAGAGUUGGAGGUUUGUGGAGGAGCUUGAGGAGUUGGAUACCGAGUACGGCUCAGGCUACCCCAAUGACCCUAAGACCAAAGCCUGGUUGCGGAAGCACGUGGAACCCGUGUUCGGCUUCCCCCAGUUUGUCCGCUUCAGCUGGAGCACGGCCCAGAGCCUCCUGGAGAAGGAAGCGGAAGGUGUUCUAUGGGAGGAUUCCCCCACAGAGGAGCAGGAGGGUCUGGCCAGGAUCUCGUCCUACUUCGGUGCCAGCUCCCGUGCGGCCCCCCGCCCCCCUCACCGCUUCUUCCGGGAGCGAGGCCUGGAGCCGGCCGUCACGCUCUAGGGCCCACCUGCGUCCACCGAUCCCCAUGUGUGAUUAAAGUGUUGAAGGAAAAUGCAGCUUUGGCUGAGGUGGGUGUAGUUGGACCAUGCCCAGCGGUGCUGGGUGCCACCAAAAAGACACCUGUGUCCCCUGAGCAUCAUAGUGGCCCCUGAAAGCAAUUUGGACUGGAGAGGGGCUUCAGGGCAUAAGAUGU